ACGUAACGUGACUCUGGGGAUUUUGAGAGCUGGAGAUUCCGGAUCCGCCGCCUGCUUUGUUAUUGCUUUGAAUUGAAAGCUGCGUGAGACGAAUGGAGCUGUCGGUGCUUCCGUGACAUUGAGCCGCCUCAAGCCAUCCAUUGAAAAUUGCAACGACCACACGGGCCGACCGCGCUCGCCAGCGGCACAGUGAGCACAGUAAGUAUAGAACAUGCAGUAAUCGAUUCUUUCAAGAACAUCGGCAUACGCUUUCCCCGUGCUACAUCGAGCUAUGCAUUCCAAUGGCAACACCUGCGAGCUCCAGCUCUUCCGUGAAGCAGCCAAUGGACAGGAAUCGCCGAGAGUUGGCCAAGAGGGACGGACGGACAGUGGCCACCGACUUGUUGUUGCAAUUGCUGUUGUUCUUGGUGGUGGGUGUGCACUGUGGGCAUAAGUGGACGCCGGAACGAGCCCGGUCGAAUUCCUGGUUCCAUGUCGCUGAGGUGACGUCUUUGGGUGACACGGUGCGCCGGGUGUCGAGACUCGAGGGCCUUGGAAGCGGCAAAUUCUCUGGCGCGACAAUUCCCGCCGCGUCCAGUCUCCCGACUGGAGCGCUGGCAGUCUGGGACUGGACCUUGAUCCGGGGGCUCCGCUUGGGGGAAGAAUUGGGUCUGGAGUCGAAAAUGGCUCAUUCUCAGAGGUUCCCUACGCCUUGCCAGACCCUCGGCGACGAUACGUCGUGGAGCCGGCGGCGUGGUGACAAUGCGGUCAUCGUCCCUAGGAUUUCCAAGUCAUCGCCGCGAGCAGCCUGCGUUGAACUCGAGCCUCCCACCAUGUGUCGCUGGGUUGGUCGGCAUGUACAGUACGUAGAUGAUAGGGCCGACAAGGUCCUUUGUACUGUCUCUAGCCGCGACAUUUCUUCAGCAUCAUUCGGGCGUAUGUCAGGCCGAGGCGUGGGGGUGUCCGGUCCUCCUCCCACUCCGCACGCAUGCUUCAUUUGUCGAUAGUGCAACCGGUGGCUGGAAGCUUGGAAAGACGCAGUACGGUACGGAGUACAGACAUCCGGCCCACUGCUCGGAGCGUUCGGAUAGGGAUUU